GGCAGGGGCAGUGCGCCUGUGCAGCCCUGGCAUCCCGAUGGAGCACGGUGUCGGCUGCGCGGCGACAGCCGGGACGGAGGGGGCUACGCGGGCCCCUCCGCUUCCUGGGAAGAUGGCCGAACCGGGCGCGGUGAGGACCUCACCGCCCAACCACCGGCCUUCAGGCAUGGAAGGAUUUUUAAAAUCUGAUGAGAGACAACGACUAGCUAAAGAAAGACGAGAAGAAAGAGAAAAAUGUCUUGCUGCCCGGGAGCAGCAAAUCCUGGAGAAACAGAAGAGAGCCAAGCUCCAGUAUGAAAAGCAAAUUGAGGAGCGGUGGAAGAAGCUGGAAGAGCAGCGGCAGCGAGAGGAGCAGAAGAGGGCGGCUGUGGAGGAGAAGAGGAAGCAGAAGCUCCGGGAGGAGGAGGAGCGGCUGGAGGCGAUGAUGCGCAGGUCUCUGGAGCGCUCGCAGCAGCUGGAGCUGAAGAAGAAGUGCUCGUCGGGAGGAGCAUCACUGGCUGCCGGACCCGGAGGACGUGAUGGUGAAUCAGGAAAUACCCCACCCCCUCCUCUAGGUUUAGCAGCCAGCACCCUCCCUCUGGACCCAGGGACCACUGCCGCCGCUGCUGAGUCAACCAACGCAUGUGACAAACUUUCAACAUCAACCAUGAAUUUGCCAAAGCAGACGGAGCCUCCCAUGAGUAAGCGCCUGUCUUCAUCCACUGCGGCAAUAUCCUAUUCCCCAGACCGAGCUCCUGCUGGCUCCCUUAAAUCUUCCUACAAGUCUUCUCCCACUCGAAAUGUCGAGAGGAAGAAGAUCGCAUCUACAUCUGGUGGAGGAGAUGCUGGGAAAGGCGCCCCUGCCGGAGUGGAGGCCUCUCCAACAGAGAAGAUGAAGAGGGGGCCGAGAACAACUGCUUCUGUUCCCAGCGUGGGCCUCAUGUCUCCUCUGAGAAGCAUUUCUAAGAGGUCGUCUUCUCCUGUGACAUCCAAGGCAACUUCAAAAGCAUAUCCGCAGUCUCCAAAGAACACAAAGCCGCCAUACCCAGGAUCUCCGGUGAAGUACCGCCUCCCCAGCUUCUCUGGCCAGGAGACACCUAAGAAGAAAGCAGACAAAGAGAAGAGCAACAAGGAGAAGGAAGGCACUCUGACUCAGCAGGCAGCCAGCUCACCGAAGGAGGAGGCCCCAGAGAAGCACGUGGCAGACAGGCAGGCCACCGAGAAGCAUGAGAAGCACGAGGCCACGGCAGGGAAGGCCAAGGGUGGCAGAGCCUCAGGGAAGCCCACAGCGGGCACCACUGAUGCAGGAGAGGCCACAAAGAUCCUAUCUGAAAAGAGACGACAGGCCCGGCUGCAGAAGGAACAGGAGGAGCAGGAACGUCUGGAGAAGGAAAAACAAGACAAACUGGAGAGAGAGGAAUUGAAAAGAAAGGCAGAGGAAGAAAGACUUCGCCUAGAGGAAGCCCGUAAACAGGAAGAGGAAAAGAAGCAGCAAGAGGAGGAAGAGAAAAGGAAGAUGGCAGAGGAGGCAAAGCAGAAGGCCAAGGAGGCACUGCUGUUGAAAGAAGAGCAAGAAAAGGAAAAACAAGAGAAAGAAAAGCAGGAAAAAGCCAUGAUUGUAAAGCAGAAGGAAGCAGCAGAAGCAAAGGCCCAGGAGGCAGCUAAACAAAUGCGUCUGAAAAGAGAACAGAUCAUGCUACAGAUGGAGCAGGAGCGACUGGAGAGGAAGAAGAGAAUAGAUGAAAUUAUGAAGAGAACAAGAAAGAGUGAUGUGUCUUUGGAAGUGAAGAAAGAAGACCCAAAAGUGGAGCUUCAGUCUGCUCUGUGUGUGGAAAAUAAGACAGAACCCAUGGUCCCUAACAAAAUAGAAAUCAGUGUAUUGAACACCUGCCAGGAAGUAAAUGUUGUAGAACAUGCUGCCCCAGAAACUUUCCCUCAAGAUGUUUUCACUGAUGAACUUAAACCAGUUGAGGGACUUGUUCAUCUGGACACCCUUGAUGGGAAAUCAAACAGUCUAGAUGAUUCAACUGAAGAAGUUCAGUCUAUGGAUAUGAGUCCUGUUUCAAAAGAAGAGCUUAUCUCUAUCCCAGAAUUUUCACCAGUGAGUGAAAUGAUUCCUGGGGUAUCUCUGGACCAAAAUGGAACUGGUAAUGCCCGAGCACUUCAAGAUCUCUUAGAUUUCACUGGCCCCCCCAUUUUCCCCAAGAGAUCCAGUGAAAAUCUCAGCUUGGAUGACUGUAACAAAAACCUGAUCGAAGGAUUUAACAGUCCUGGCCAAGAAAAUACUCUGAACACCUUCUGUUGACAAAUACAACAUCUCUUUAAUGAAAGGUGGUGUUUGGAGAACCCGUGAAGCUGCUGGUAGUCAAAUCUGAGCUGCCAGCCCUUUGAAGAAACUUCAGUCAUCUUUAACUGCUGGAUUCUAAACUACUAAAUUGAAAUGUAACUGCAUUCCUAGUUAGUAUGUCAAACGCUGGCCACUCUCAGUAGAAGCUUGAGACAGUGGCCUUUUCGGGCUUUAGCAGAGUUCUAUGUUACGGUUCUAUUUAUGAGCUUUAGCUGCUGAUAAAGCGCUUCCUGUACUCCUCUAUUAUCAUAGUGAUCUGAAUAACCCGUGUGAUUUUGACUUGAAAAGUCACCUUAUAGCCAUUCUUAUCCCCAAACUUGGAGCAUAUAAACAUUUAGAUGUCUUUUCUGGUAAAUAUUCUAGGCAUUUACCCAGACUCUACUCAAACAUAUACUGAACUUGGGCUGCAUAUCUCCCUGGCUCUGUUUAGAAGAAGAACACAUUCUGGAGGGUUUCCCUCAUCUCUGAGGUUUCUUUGCUGGAAGUUUCUAUCAAGAAGCCACAUUUAAUAUUAUUAAGCUUAGUUGCCUGCAAAAUGUGUUGCUUCUCAUUGCUCCUUGGGCGGCCAGCAGAGUGAGUCUGGCUGAGUUAAGGAAGCCAUUGAACAGCAUGGAAGACUGUCUGCUCUCUUAGGCAUAUUCCUCCAGACUUGGGCACUUGAAUCUUGCAAGGGCCUUUUCAUGUUGCACCUUUAAAUCCUCCAAGCUAUAGUCACUCCAAACCUUCAGGUGGCUUCUGGAUUGAAUAAUUUGUGCAUCUCCUGCACAGGUGGUUGCUUUUCAUGUUGCUGUUUUCUUCUUGGCUCUUGUGCCUUUUGUUUGUUUGUUCAACUCUAAUAAAAGCAGGCACAAAUGAAAAGCACUGUGCUCUGAGACAAGGGGCCCUGCACUGGCUCCAAAAUGGCACUAUAACAGACUUGAACAUAAAAACAUCUGGACGGAGGAAAAUGACAGUAGAAUGUAUGUAUACUCCACACGUUUUUUGCCAUAUAAUAGUAUGUUUUCUAUUGGAGAAUGAAAUGGCAACCCACUCUAGUAUUCUUGCCUGGAGAAUCCCAGGGACAGAGGAGCCUGGUGGGCUGCUGUCUAUGGGGUCGCACAGAGUCGGACACGGCUGAAGUGACUUAGCAGCAGCAGCAGCUGUAUGUUUUCUUCAUUUCUUGUGGUGAAAUGUGACUUUCAGAUUAGAGUAACCUUUUCUUCUUUGAAAAAUUUUUUUAUCUUGUACAAUAAAGAGUUUGGAAAGAUCCAUAUCCUGACUGAAGUUUGCAACCAGAAUGUACAAAGAAGUCUCAGUAGUAAUCUUGUUCAUGUGCUCUUAAAACCAGCUACAGUGUGAGACUAUUAGUUAUGGAAACUAUGUAUGUUUGUGUAUGGUGUAUAUACUAAAUAAAAUACAUGCCUCCGAUAAUA